AUGCUACGCCAAAAUGGCUUUACUCAAAAUGAAACAAUCGGUAUGAAUAAAAUUAAUCAUUUAUUUAAAAAUGCAUUAGAUUUUCAACUGUGUUCAAACCCUACAUCCUCUUCUGGUAACACCAACACAACCGUUCGAGUAAUUAAAAAACCGUUAACAAAAUCUUAUUCGUGUGCAGAUGCUGAAAAUGCUAUAUCAUCAACUUGUGAAUGUUCAUUCAUUACACCGCAAGAGUUUUGUCAGUUAUUAAAAAAUAAAACACAGUUAGAUUUAUCACUUAUGCCUAUCAUAGAUUGUCGUUCAAGUUUAGAUUAUGCUAAUGAACGUAUUCGUCAUGCACAAAAUUUAAAUUGUUGUCAUAAAUUUUUGGCUAAACGCCUAAGUGGAUGUAAACGUUUAGAAGAUGUUUGUUGUCAAUUUUCAUCAAAUAUAAUUAAUUCCGAUUUUAUUAUUGUUUAUGAUCAAUCAACAUUCGUCAAUAAUGAAGAAAAAUUAAAAGCAUUUCCCAUGAAUUUAUGUGUCCAAGCAGCAAAAAAGUCACAGAAAAAGGUUUUUGUCAUUCUAGGCGGUAUUGAUGCAGUUAAAAAAGAGUAUCCAAAUUUUAUUGAAUGCGCUGAAAAAUGUCCUAAGCCAUCAUUAUCAUCAACUCAUCUAACGAUGAAUGAAGAAUGUGUACCCGAAUCACCAUCAGUUAUGUCACCACAUGAUUUAGUUAUGACAGAAAUUGUUCCACAUGUUUUUGUCGGUAAUUCUACGGAUGCUCAAAAUCGUGAUCGUUUAAAUCAACAUCAUAUAACACAUAUAGUGAAUGCAACACCAGAUAUUCCGUGUAAAUGGGAAAAUGACUAUCGUUAUUUACGUGUCAGUAUACUCGAUUUAUUGUCGGAAAAUAUUCGACAACAUUUUAUCCCGGUAUCAAACUUUAUUGAUGAAGCUGUUAGAAAUAAUGGCAAUGUUCUGGUUCAUUGCAGUGCUGGUAUAUCACGUAGUCCAACAUUGGUGUUAGCUUACAUGAUCAAUCUAUUAAACAUGCCAUUUCAAGAGGCUUGUUGUAAAAUGCAAAGUUCAAGACAAAUUGUUGCACCUAAUGUUAGUUUUCUCGGACAAUUACUUGAAUUUGAAAAAAAAAUUCAUUCAACAACAACGGCAGUAGAUGAAAAUAACAACGUUAAUCAGAAAUAUAAAUCAUCAUCAUCGGAUUGUAAUGAUAAUCAUAAAUUAGAAACAAAAUCUAAAACACCAAUUGUCACUUAUUGA